GCCGCCUUCGCCGCCGCCGCCUCUGCGCCGCGCUCCGCCCGGAUGGCCAGGGCUGUGCCGGAGAAUGGCGGAGCGAGAGAGCGGCGGCCUGGGCGGGGGAGCCGCGUCCCCGCCUGCCGCCUCCCCGUUCCUGGGGCUGCACAUCGCGUCGCCGCCCAAUUUCAGGCUCACCCAUGACAUCAGCUUGGAGGAGUUUGAGGAUGAAGACCUCUCAGAGAUCACCGAGGAGUGUGGCAUCAGCCUGCAGUGCAAAGACACUCUGUCCUUGCGGCCCCCGCGCGCCGGGCUGCUGUCUGGGGGCGGCGGCGGCGCGGGGAGCCGACUGCAGGCCGAGAUGCUGCAGAUGGACCUGAUCGACGCGGCGGGGGACACUCCCGGCGCCGAGGACGACGACGACGAGGAGGAGGAGCGCGCAGCGCGGCGGCCGGGAGCGGGGCCGCCGGAGGCCGAGCCCCGCCAGGAGCCCGCGCCCCGCGGCCAGGGACAGGGCCAGGGCGGCGGGGACACGUAUCGGCCCAAGCGGCCCACCACGCUCAACCUCUUCCCGCAGGUGCCGAGGUCUCAGGACACACUGAAUAAUAAUUCUCUGGGCAAGAAGCACAGUUGGCAGGAUCGGGUGUCUCGGUCAUCCUCACCCCUGAAGACCGGGGAGCAGACGCCUCCACAUGAGCACAUCUGCCUGAGCGAUGAGCUGCCGCCCCCGAGCAGCCCCGCCACCACCAAGGACCGAGGCACCUCCACUGACAGCCCCUGCCGCCGCAGCACCGCCCCGCAGAUGGCCCCUCCCGGCGCCCCCCCCGCCGCCCCCCCAAGCAGCCGGGGCCACGCGCACCGAGACCGCAUCCACUACCAGGCGGACGUGCGGCUAGAGGCCACCGAGGAGAUCUACCUGACGCCAGUGCAGAGGCCGCCGGACCCUGCAGAGCCCACGUCUGCCUUCCUGCCGCCAGCCGAGAGCCGGAUGUCGGUCAGCUCCGAUCCAGACCCUGCGGCCUACCCCUCCACGGCGGGCCGGCCGCACCCCUCCAUCAGUGAGGAGGACGAGGGCUUCGACUGCUUGUCGUCCCCCGAGCGGGCCGAGCCACCGGGCGGAGGGUGGCGGGGGAGCCUCGGGGAGCCGCCGCCGCCUCCACGGGCCUCGCUGAGCUCGGACACCAGCGCCCUGUCCUACGACUCGGUCAAGUACACGCUGGUGGUGGAUGAGCACGCACAGCUGGAGCUGGUGAGCCUGCGGCCGUGCUUCGGAGACUACAGCGACGAGAGCGACUCAGCCACCGUCUAUGACAACUGCGCGUCUGUCUCCUCGCCCUACGAGUCGGCCAUCGGGGAGGAGUACGAGGAGGCCCCCCGGCCGCGGCCCCCCGCCUGCCUCUCCGAGGACUCCACGCCGGACGAGCCCGACGUCCACUUCUCCAAGAAGUUCCUGAACGUCUUCAUGAGCGGCCGCUCUCGCUCCUCCAGUGCAGAGUCCUUCGGGCUCUUCUCCUGUGUCAUCAACGGCGAGGAGCGGGAGCAGACACACCGGGCCAUAUUCAGGUUUGUGCCUCGACAUGAAGAUGAGCUGGAGCUCGAGGUGGACGACCCUCUGCUGGUGGAGCUGCAGGCCGAGGACUACUGGUACGAGGCCUACAACAUGCGCACGGGCGCCCGGGGGGUCUUCCCCGCCUACUACGCCAUCGAGGUCACCAAGGAGCCGGAACAUAUGGCAGCCCUGACCAAAACCAGCGACUGGGUGGACCAGUUCCGGGUGAAGUUCCUGGGCUCCGUCCAGGUUCCCUACCACAAGGGCAACGACGUGCUCUGUGCUGCUAUGCAAAAGAUUGCCACCACCCGCCGGCUCACCGUGCACUUUAACCCGCCAUCCAGCUGCGUCCUAGAGAUCAGCGUGCGGGGCGUGAAGAUCGGCGUCAAGGCUGAUGAUUCCCAAGAGGCCAAGGGGAAUAAAUGUAGCCACUUUUUCCAGUUAAAAAACAUCUCUUUCUGUGGAUACCAUCCGAAGAACAAUAAGUACUUUGGGUUCAUCACCAAGCACCCCGCUGACCACCGGUUUGCCUGCCACGUCUUUGUGUCCGAGGAGUCCACCAAAGCCCUGGCAGAGUCCGUGGGGAGAGCAUUCCAGCAGUUCUACAAGCAGUUCGUGGAAUACACGUGCCCCACGGAAGACAUCUACCUGGAGUAGCCGCGCCGCCCCGCCUUCUCCAUCCCCGGGCCCGCAGGCCGCACAGGGACACCUGGCUGCUGACGGGAUGCGGCGCUGCUUGAGGAGGGGCGCCCGUCACCACCCGAGGAUGGGGAAGUGGGGGCCUUUGGCCGAGGGUGGGGGAGGGCGGGGUUUCUGGGGAGAGGCAAAUGCAGUUUAUUGUAAUAUAUGGGACUAGAUGCAUCUAUGGAGGACAGAGCAGGCUGCCCAGGGCCUGGGAGGCAGCGGGGCUGGGGGGGGCAGGCCUCUGGCCAGGAAGGAUGUCCGUCGUAGGAGCCAAGGGCUUGGCCCCAUCCUGGGCGUCGCUUCCCCUGCCAGGGCCUCUGGCUCUCUCUCCAAGCCGAUGCCACCUGCCAGUGCCCACCCGCCCCCCCAUCCCCAGCGCCCGGCUGAGCCCAGCCACCUCCCAAGGACUUCACAGCAGGUGGGGGUGCAGUCCCUGUUCCCCUCUGUCACUUGUGUGGGCUCUGGGUGGCUGGCACGCUGGCCCCUGGCACGUGUGGGGCCUCACCAGGGAAGAAGAGCGCUGCGGCAGGGCCCCCGGCCCAGCAGGAAGAGGAGGCUUCUGGAUGGGCCCGGGCCAGCCAGGGCCUCUUGGCUGCUUCGGCUGUAGCCCCAGCUUGGUCCAUCCCCCCUGGCCCCUACUAUUAAAGUGCCAUUU